CCUGCGUGAAAGUGAGGGUCUGUUCAUUCACAUUCCAUAUUGCCUUCUGUCACUUCUAUGUCAACAGUUUAUAUGCAUGAUGCCUUUAUGCAAUUUUCCAAGUUGAAUACAGCUAAAGAUCUAUGGGCAGCAUCUGUGGCCUACUGUUGAUUACCACAGAAAAUAGUGUGUCUCAGUUUAUACACUACUGUUAAGAGGAUGUUUUUAUCAUGUCUCUUAUUCUCACAAAGGCUGUGUUUAUUUGAUGAAAAUACAGUAAAAUCAGUAAUACUGUGAAAUUACAAUUUCAAUUCAGUAUGGAGACAAAGCAAGGCUGAAUUAUCAGCAGCCAUUACUCCAGUCUUCAGUGCCACAUGAUUCUUCAUAAAUCUUUCUAAUAUGCUGAUUUGUUAUUAAAGUUCAAAAGAACAACAUUUAUUUGAAAUACAAAUCUUUUGUAACAUUGUAAAUGUCCUCACUGUCAUUUUUAGAUGCAUUUAAUGCUUCCUUGUAACAGUAAAAAGUCUUUAUACACCUACAUUGGAAACCUAGCUGGGAUGCACUUGCAUUUCAUAAGCUAAUUACAUUUUGUAAUCCUUUUGAAGCAGACCACUUUUAAAGGUGGAUGAACGUCUGGUUAUGUUUUUCUGAUGUAAUACUUGUUGAUGAAGUUUGCUCCAUGCAAACAGUACUUUCACAUGUACAGAAGUUGUAUUUUUAUUACUGUUCACACAGUGUAGAAAGCAAAUAAUUUCUAGCUGCUUGAAGGACUGGAAAUAAAUAAAUAAACAUUUUCACCUUUUUAAAUACUUUUGACUGGAGUACUGUAUAAUUACUAUUACAUCCAGUACCAUGGCAUCUCAGCUUUUGGUCAGGAAACACUUCUGGUGUUAAGAUGCUAUGGUUAUACUUAAUGUGAUCUACAGCUAGCCUGGUAGGCUUCUACUUUAAGAGAUUUACUGUGUAUAUUAGGGCUUUUACAGUACCAAGAUGUAAGUAGAUUAUACCAGUACCCUUUAAAUAUGAUAACUCUCACUGAGCAAACUAAAUAAUUAAAUAUCAAUCUCAUUAUAAAACAAUCAAAAUAAAACAAUAGCAUGCAGCCUUCAGUUAAUUUUCAAUUAGGUAAACAUUACUUUUCAAGCGUUUCAAAUAAUUAUUUAACUAAACAGUCAGUAUCAAAGUACAAAUAAAUACAUUAAAAGCAGUGAAUGUUGUCCUCUUUUUCUUGCAGAAAAUAAUGUUUGAUUACAUUUUAAAGGAGCAUUAAAUAGCCUGGUUCUCGUCUUAAAAUGUAAACAUAUUAAGAAAAAAUUAUGUUUUGUAAUUUCAGUGGUGUACACUCACUGUACUCAUAAUAACUUUAUAUAAAAGUGUUUUAAUUAUACAUGGUGCGGGUCACCCUUUUCAGUGAUCGUCAUGUUGAAAUAACCUAUCCUCGCGCUCAUUGGCUGUGGACACGCUGGUAGCGUAGUGUUUGGUGACGCAAAAGCGAAAUUUAGACAAUGGAACACUGGAAAUUCAGAAUGUUACCUUUACAGCCGAAGCCAGAAAGAACGACAAGUACAAAAACGAACGCAAACGUAGGUACAGCCUACACCGAGUGGAAUGAUUUUAUGGACAGGGUCUGCGCCAAACUCACGCAGCUCUACUCAAAUGAAUUCGUAUUCGGAUAGUGGAUAUCAGGAGGUGAGUGGUUACUAUAGUAACACCGUGACGCCCAGGCGAUCGGAAGGGAGGUCUCAGUCGACAAGCUCCGCCCCCAAUGGAAGCCCCACCCUCGCCAUGAGUUCCAGGGCUGAAGGACAGGCCUCAGCACAGGUGGGCAGCAGUGGCCGUGUCAUGAGGCGUGUCAGUUCUGUUCCCUCUCGUGCCCCGUCCCCACUCUACACCCCGUCCCCGCCUGCGUCUCGCCAGCCUCUGCGUACUUCCCUCGGAAGCCCCUAUGGCUCACCUAUAGUCUCAGAGCCCCGUCCUCUACCUAGUAUAUUUCCUGGCACCACCUUGCCUCCGGCCUCCAGCCAUGCUCCCGAGCCAGUGCACUCCAGCUACUUGGGACGGCAUGGAAAUGGGACGGGGUCAGAGUCUGGAUCACCAACGCUCCUGCGGGCCGGUAUGACUGCUCAGCCUCAGCAGUACGGGACCCUGGGGAAGCACGAUACACAUGCAUAUGACAGCACUCACUCUUCCUUUGGGUCUCGGGCCUAUGACAUCUUUGAGAGGAUGGUCCUUUCAAGACCGGAUAGCCUUACAGGCUUGCAAACCUCUUAUAGUCAGAACAGCCAGUUGGGCCAAGAUGCCCGCUCCCCUGACUGCCACGUCACACCAAUCUAUGAAGACAGAACCUUCCAGAACCCUCUAUACCAGAGCCCCACGCACGGCUCCCAGAGUGCUAGCUCCAGAAACAAUACAGGGUUUGGUACUUUACAAAGGACCACUAGUCAGUGCAGCACUCUGAGGUACCAGCGAGGGUUGUUCUCAAUGGGCUCCAUAGCAACGCACUCUGACACCUAUCGUACCGCCCAUUACCGCCAAUCCGACCCGAACUACACCAGACAUGCAGCUGCCCUCGACAAUGCCGUCACACGCUCGCCUUCCAUAGACAGUCUUCACAAAGAUCCCAGGGGGGUUAGGGAGUUUGCCUGGAGAGACCCCGAGCUGUCAGAGGUAAUCCGAAUGCUGCAGCAUCAUUUCCCUUCUGUCCAGGCCAAUGCUGCAGCGUAUAUACAGCACCUCUGCUAUGGAGACAACCGCAUCAAGGCAGAGGUGUGUCGACUCGGGGGCAUCCGACACCUGGUGGAUCUGCUUGACCACAAAACCCUGGAAGUACAGCGGAACGCUUGCGGAGCUCUGCGGAACCUAGUGUAUGGAAAAGCCACCGACGAUAAUAAAGUGUGUGUGAGGAAUUCCGGUGGAAUCCCUGCUUUGGUUCGUCUGUUGAGAAAAACUCCAGACACUGAAGUGCGAGAGCUCGUAACCGGAGUGUUGUGGAACCUGUCGUCAUGUGACUCUGUGAAGAUGACGAUCACCCGGGACGCUCUCGGACCACUUACUAACACGGUCAUUAUCCCUCACUCCGGGUGGGGUGCGGCCCCUCAGCGAGAGGACCAGAAACUCAAACUGCACUCAUCUUUGGUCCUGAGGAACACCACCGGCUGCCUCAGGAACCUGAGCUCAGCUGGAGAAGAAGCCAGAAGGCAGAUGCGGUGCUGUGAAGGGCUGAUAGAUUCCCUUCUCUAUAUAAUCAAAACCUGUGUAAACACCUCUGAUUAUGACAGCAAGAUUGUGGAAAACUGUGUGUGCACUUUGAGGAACCUGUCAUACCGUCUUGAGCUGGAGAUGCCUCCGUCUCGGCUGAUGGGAACCCAGGAUCUUGACACACUCCUGGGCCCUGACACCUCCAGUAAACAGGCCGACUACAGCUGCUGGGGGCUCAGGAAGAAGAAGAAGAAGCGGUCCUGGCAGGAUCAGCAGUGGGAUGGUGUGGGGCCUAUUCCAGGAUUUUCUGGAAGUCCAAAGGGGGCAGAGAUGCUGUGGCAUCCAUCUGUGGUAAAACCAUACCUCACUCUGCUGGCAGAGAGCUCAAACCCAGCCACGCUGGAAGGGGCGGCUGGGUCUCUGCAGAAUCUCUCCGCCGGAACCUGGAGGUUUGCGGCCUACAUCCGUGCUGCUGUACGUAAAGAGAAGGGUUUGCCCAUACUGGUGGAGCUACUAAGAAUGGAUAAUGACAGGGUGGUCUGCUCUGUGGCCACUGCUCUACGGAACAUGGCUCUGGACGCCAGGAACAAGGAGCUCAUUGGAAAAUACGCCAUGCGGGACCUAGUGACCCGUCUCCCUGGCAAUGGGCCAUCCCUGCUGUCAGAUGAGACGGUGGCGGCGGUCUGCUGCGCGUUGCACGAGGUCACCAGCAGGAAUAUGGAGAACGCCCGUGCUCUCGCCCAGACGGGCGGCAUCGACAAACUGGUUACAAUCAGCAGAGGACGUGGGGAGAGGUACUCCAUGAAGGUGGUCAAGGCAGCAGCUCAGGUGCUCAACACUCUGUGGCAGUACAGAGAUCUGCGUGCCUUCUACAAAAAGGAUGGAUGGAACCAGAACCACUUUAUCACCCCAGUGUCAACACUGGAACGAGACCGCUACCGUUCCCAACCUACUCUGCCAACCAGCAACGUGCAGAUGUCACCUGUUAUCCAAUCAGAUUUUUUUUCUCUACAUUUAGGAGGUAGUGCCACCUCUUCCCCUGCAAUGUUGGGUAUAAGAGGUCAUCGCUUAAAUCAGCGGAGGACCCAGUCGUCUAUGCAACUUCAUAAUUAUUAUGGAGACGCCAACAGAAACACAAGUCAGUAUACAGGGUCUGGAAAGCAGUCUGCUUAUUUUAUCAGUUCCUAUCCGUCUCCUUCAACCGAGGAGUCCCGCAGAUCACAGCAUGGCCGGCUCUACUACCCGGAGGAGGGAAAUCAAAGCACCUAUGACACUUUUGGAAUGUACCUGUCAUCUCCGAUGGGCUACGAGGAUGCGUACCUGGACGAGCCGGUUCGUUAUCCCGUGGUGAGCGAGAGGCAGGUGCUCAAGCCCAAUACCAACUACGUGGACUUCUACUCCACCACACGCAGGCCUUCAUACAGAACUCAGCCCUACCCGGCCUCACCUGACUCAUGGGUGUAGGCAUGUUCAUGUGUGCGUAUUUGUUCAUGUAACGUGUAGCCAUAGAUAGAAUAUUGCAAAGAGGUGUUACUCCUUAAGACAUAUCUGGGUCAGUGGAUUCCAAGAGCAUUGUAUGGACAAGCUGUUGCAUAUGAAGUGACUGGUUCAUUAUCAUUCGACAAAUUGAAUUUGUUUUGUGUGCGCAAACAAGCCUGUGCAGCGACAUUCAUUUUUUCAUUUGGAUGUUUGUGCGUUUGUGUGUGUGUACAUAAAUGACAGAUUAAAUGCUCAAUUAAAUUAACUUGAAUUAGUUUGACCUGGGAUUGAGUGUGAGCCAAAGACUUUACUUUUCAGUAUCUGCUGUUUUUAAACAGUAAAUUGUGUUUAAGGUCUGAGAACUUGAACCAUCUUUUCAUGAUUUGAUUUUUCAUAUUUUUUUAAUGGCAUGUUAUUAUAGUCACCUCAGAUUUUGAGCCAGAUGAAAAGGUGUAACUAAAUUACAUAUUUGGCUGAAAUGGCUAAUAAAGAAAUAAUAGCAGUGUAAAAGAAAAAAAAGAAACACUAAUAAUAAUGUUCUGUGCAUUGGAAAACAAAAACGUCAUUUUGUCUGGUCUCAUUGCUGUAACCUAAUUAAUGUAAAGAUUAAUGUAUGUUCCAUGGAGUCUUGUACAACUACGUCAGUUUAGUGUACAACCGUGAUCUGUGCUACUAAGCACAAAAAACUGUGCCAUGAUAAAUCGCUAUGUAGAACUGUGUGUAUAUGUAAGAGACCUUAUGGAGGCAAAAGUUAUUACUAUCAUUAUAUUUAGAUGUAAUAAAGAUAACAUUUGUUUUUUUUUUU